UUUCUCUUACGAUGAUGAAGCCAGACGUCCUCGCCGUUCAGGUCACUUCUAACAAGGAAGGAAAGCCCCCCUCCGCUGUCUAUUCGCUUCCUCCUGAGAUCUUGGCGGAGAUAUUCAUCGCCUGUGUACCGUCUGUGCGGGAGGAGAUACAUCGAAGGCGAAUCGAUUACGACUCGGCUCCGUGGGUCCUCGUUCGUGUAUGUCGGCGCUGGAGGCACCUCGCGUUGGAGACUCCGCCCCUCUGGUCACAGAUUGUCAUCCAUGAAGGCAACCCUCCGAUGCCCCUGCAGUACGAGCGUGGCGGCUACUAUUCGACGCAGGCCUCCCGUGAAGCGCUGACGACUCUGAACCCACUCCCAGCCCUGCGAUUCCUGGCCGAGAGGGGGACCCGGUUCCGCAUCCGCGCGCGGUUCAGCCCCGAUCGAUGGCCUGCGCAGGCCUUCUUGCACGAUGGCCAGAGGGCAGUGUUCGACGCCGUAUGCGGAUUAUUCUCGCGCUGGGGCGACGUGUCCCUCGAAAUAUGCCCAGAGCUGGUCUAUCGCCUGCUCGAACUGCGCGGCCCGGCUCCACUUCUCACGAGACUGCAUCUUCGCAUCGAGGAUCUGAUGGACGAUGACGUCGACGAGGCUGCAGCCCGGACGGAGCGCGAGAUCGCCCGGGUUUUCGAGCCCGCUACGGCGCUCCAGAAUUUGAGUGUUUUGUGCUGGACGAUCUACCCGCCGAUUGGAAUCGCACACGGGCACCGCCUGACGCGCUAUCAAGCCCAGGGAACUUGGAAGCAACAUGAGCCGAUCGUGCAGCUCCUCAUCAACGUGGUCGAGCUGUCGUUGGAUGUGACUGAGCCGCCGAUGGAUCCGCCGCACACUGUCAUCUUUCUUCCAAAGUUGAAACGCCUGCACCUCUCGACUUGGGCGUGCCUCGACCACAUCACCACACCGGCUCUGGCGGCGCUUUCUCUCGGACACAACUACUCGCCUGUUGACGCACCGCAACUGUUAUCGCUUGUCGCGCGGUCUGAGUGUUCGGGAUCACUGCACUCCGUCUCGACCUCUUUCCCAAGUCUCAACGACAUGGAAGUGCUCGCCUGCCUCCCGCACGUCGCGCACCUCGGCUUCGUCUUCCCCAAAGUUGACAUCGGUUUCAUCCUCCCUACCUGCCGGUUCCUGCACGUCCGAGAAGCAGAUGCGGCGGGACCCGUAUUGCCGGGCAUGACUUCACUCCUCGUGAGCUGGCCGUACGAUGCGGUUCAUGCUCCUAUCAUCGCAGCAAUCGAGUCAAGGUGGCGCUCGCCGCACUGUCAUCUCCGAAGCGUCGUGCUGCUUUAUACCGCCGAACGCGUCAUGCCCGACGACGUGAGGGAGGCUCUGGAGACUUUGCGCUCCGAGGGGCUCGAUUUGCGGCUGAUUUUCGGCGAGAGUGCUCGUGAAAUGACGCUACAGUUGGCCUUUAUCGAAGUGUUCCCGUAGAAGGCAUCUGGACAAGCGACGGAACGUAGGUUAAUCACACAUUUUCCUGAUCUACGAAACGUUCGAUGCGGCAGAGAAGGAAACUGCAUGGAUGACCAGGCUUUGUAUGGGCGGACGCGGGUCUUCGUCGUGCCAAAAAAUAUGAGAGGAGAUAUGACAUUUGCAAGCCAAGUACAAAAGAAAUGUCCGACUGUAAUCGAACGCCAGUGAGAUACUAGUUCAUUCCCUCCCGUCAAAACCGAAUAUACUUGAUUUUCACCUAAGCCAAGGCAAAACGCGAUACUCUGCUUUGUGGGAGCCCUGUGUAAGACCUGGAGUGCGUGUGAUGACAUGGGCAAGCAUCAAAUAAAUGAAUCAUCGCGCGACAGUAGGACUCCAGAUGUUUGGUUUCCACCUCAUGUAAGACAAUGAGUGCGAUUUUUCUCAUUGAAGAUGAUCUGUGUGUCUGCUUCAAACCCUGAAUGUUAAUAGCAACUCGCCACAGACUCGGGAUGAGUCUUGGAUGUACAGACGAGUCGGCGGGUACACAGUUGUAGAGCAGCUGUCCUUGAAUGAAAUUCUCGAACUUGAUAUCUCUCGUAAGUACCUCGGGGUUCAAUCUUUGAAACGGUGUCCAGCCACGGGGAACUGGGCUUCGUCGCAAUCGUGGAAAUACCAGAAAAAUUCCAUGACUGGCGGGUGUAAGGCUGCCUAGUCGCAGAAGAUCGAUACACCGCGGUCAGUGAAAUACUCAACGCGCCAAAGUUCUAGGAGUGAAAAUCCAUUGUCCGUCAAAAAGUCACUUUAACGCGUUCGGAAAGACACAGUGGGCGUGUCCAUGGAUGAAGCGAUCCAGGCCCCGAUCCCACAAACGGCCAGGAGAGCACACAGGUGACGAUAUGCUUGUGAUUGAUAGCCGGAGCAGGGCGAGAAGUGGGAUGCGCGGGUGUGGGCAGUUUCGACCCGGCGGCGAAACCGCUAACUGGGCUCGACGGCUCCGGCUCGGCGCUGCCCAUUGCCGGUGAUGGUGCAGCCGAAACUGCCGUGGGCGGUGGCACCUCGGUAGAGAGUGAUGCUUCGCCUCGUUUAUAUCGGGAAUAGCUACGCCGCCGCCACCGAUGAUCCCCUCCCAAUGUACGACCACCUCCUCCUCGCUGACACCUAGCUCCCAGUCCAGCACCGCCAGAAACUCGCGCUCGAUUAACCCCACGUCAGCUGUGCCGAAGACGCCGCUGAUGAGCGCCCAGUGCACGUUCUGCAGCGUAUUGUCCUGCGUGUACUUGCUCGCGGUCAUCAACGCACCGAGGAACAGGCGCUCGGCUGCUCCGUGCCGGUAGGAGAUCGCGAGGUGCGUGCGGGAGCGUGCGAUGUACACCAGCGCAACCAGAAGAGUGGAUGUCCUCGCUUCGGCGCGGCUGACCGUGAGGGCUACGAAGUCAGCGAGGCGCGUGGUGCAGCGGCCUGAUCGGCCCCGCGUGGGCUCGGCGUUUUUGGGGUCAUCACAGCCUAGAGCGAAGUCAACGACCUCGGCGACGUAUUCUGCGAUGUAGUCUAGUUGAGAGUGUGUCAAUAAUGGGAGAUAGAAAGUUCCUGCGGGGAACUCACGCACCGAGG